CCAGCUGCUGGAUGUCCUCUGCUCUGCCCCCAGCCAUGCCUGAGCCUGUCCACGCCUACUCCUGCCCGCUCUUCUGGACGGAAUACGAAGGCCACUGCUACCGGUACUUCCCCAUCAAUAAAACCUGGGCUGAAGCCGACCUCUACUGUGCCGAGUUCUCCAUCGGCAUCAGAUCAGCCAAGCUGGCCUCCAUCCACAGCUGGGAAGAAAACGUCUUUGUGUACGACCUGGUGAACAGCCGCGUGCCCGGCAUCCCCACCGACAUCUGGACAGGACUCAACGACCUACGACAGGAGGGUCACUUUGAGUGGACAGAUGGCUCCUCCUUUGACUACCACUACUGGGAUGGCAGCCAGCCUGACGAUGGGAUCCACUCCAUCCCGGAGGAGGAGGACUGCGUGCAGAUCUGGUACAGACACAGCAGUGCACUGCGCUCCUGGAACGACAACGCCUGUGGCAGAUCCUUCCCCUUUGUCUGCAAGAUCCCCUCCCUGGCCCUGGACUGAGGCUGCUGGUGCUGCCCACGCCCCCCUUCAUUCUGGGUCACCUCUCCAGCUGUGCCAGGAAGAGCAGUCAGGACAUGGCCUGGGCUGGGAGAGCCGUGGAGCUGCUUGGAUCCCCGGCCAGUCCCUGCUGCAGAAUCCCUCCUGGGAGUAUGGUGGGGAUGAACCUGGCACUGAGCAGUGACAGGAGCUACAUUCAACAGCAAAGGAGCCCCCAAGCCCGAGUCUGGCUCUGGAUUUCACAUCAGCUAUCACAGCGUGUUAGAGGAAGCCAAUACACCAAACUGUUAGCACCCAGUAGUAGCUGUGUGUAGGAAAUGCUUUUGCCUGUUGAUCUGUGAAGAGUGGAGGAAACGUGUUAUUUUCUGUUAAGUUAUGCAAAAUGCCUCUUGUCCAUGUUAUUUUCCUCUCUGCUAAAAUAAAUG